AUGCUCUAUUGGUAUUAUACUAAAUUGGUUCAGAGGACUUUGAAGGUCAGACGCAGCAAUGAGUACAAGUAUCAACCGAUUGGCACACAUCCAUUGCUCAUGCUACUCAUACAAGAUGAUACAACAGACAAACCACUUGAACCAAUACCAACUCUAAGGUCUCCACCACCAAUAUCAAUAUCAACUUCAUCAUCAUCUUCGUCAUCUGCAUCAUCAUCAUUAUCAUCUACAGUUCGUUAUCAUCCUUAUGAACAACAACAACAACAUUCUCAACCACAACAACAACAACAAGUUGAUUAUGCACAAUAUUUGGUCAGUGGUACAUUCAACAAGAGGACAGGAAGGUUAGAUAGUAGUGGCAAGGGAGGUGGCUGGGGUCCAAGCGAUGAACGACAGAUGGCUCACUACUUUAAUCUCAAUGAAUAUCAAGAGCAGAUGAACAGGCUGAGGCAACAACAAGAGUCCUCAUCGUCAUCGUCAUGGCGCAACAAUAGUACUGGAGGUACUGGAAAGUACAGGAAGUAA